AUGGACAAGUACCAGGUGCUGGGGCUGGUGGGGGAAGGCAGCUACGGGGUGGUGACCAAGUGCAGGAACAGGGAGAGCGGGCAGAUCGUGGCCGUCAAGAAGUUCCUGGAGGGCGACGACGACGCGGCGGUGAGGAAAAUCGCCCUGAGGGAAAUCAAACUGCUCAAGCAACUCCGGCAUGAGAAUCUGGUGAACCUGCUGGAUGUGUGUAGAAAGGAAAAGAGAUACAUAAAAUAAAUGUGUCUGAAACUAGAGGUUCUGUGUUAGCCUAUGAUUUCCUACUUGAAUAUGAGAAAGCUACACUUUGUGCUGAGCAGUCAGUUUGCUAUGUAGAAACAGAGAAUUUACCCUGACUUGUUGCUCUCUGUGCAGAUAAUCCAUCGGGAUAUUAAGCCAGAAAACAUACUGGUUUCCCAGUCAGGAGUCGUGAAACUCUGUGACUUUGGAUUUGCCCGGCCCUUGGCCACUCCUGGGGAAGUUUACACAGACUAUGUGGCCACCCGCUGGUACAGAGCCCCAGAGCUGCUGGUGGGGGACAGCAAAUAUGGCAGGCCUGUGGACGUGUGGGCUACUGGCACCCUGAUAACAGAAAUGCUUACAGGAGAGCCCCUUUUCCCUGGAGACUCAGACAUUGACCAGCUCUUCCAUAUCACCAAGUGCCUGGGUAACUUAAUUCCAAGACAUCAGGAGUUAUUCUAUAAGAAUCCCCUUUUUGCUGGCAUGAAGUUGCCUGAGGUGAAGGAGCUCGAAUCCCUGGAGAAACGCUAUCCCAAGCUCCCUCCUGCUGCACUGGAUUUAGCCAAGGAGUGCUUGCAGAUUGACCCAGACAAGAGACCAUCCUGUGCCGAGCUCCUGCAGGGCGAUUUCUUCAACAAGGACGGCUUUGCUGAAAGAUUUACUCAGGAGCUUAAACAAAAGAUCCAGAAAGAUGCCAGAGACCACCAGUUCCAAAAAAAAUAUAGAAUAAUUAAAAGGGACAAAGAUGAUGUUUUAGAAGAAAGAAAAAUGAUCAACGUCCAGGAUUUCAACAUGGGACCAAGGACCAAAGAUGGAAAGCUGAUGAAGCCCAAGCCCUGUAAAGCUGAUGCAGAGAAAGCAGAUCAAUCCAAGCUGGGCUUCCUCUACGACACCACAACCAACCCAUUUAAAUUCAGCCCUCAGACCAACCUGAGAGAUUCCAGCAGCAGCUUGGACUAUGCCAAGAACCCGGGCACAAUUAUCCCUCCCAUCAAUCAGAACUUCUCUCCUACCUUUGGGAUGGGUUCUGGGCCUGGGAACCUUAAUUACAGACUUGAUGGAAAGAGUAAAAAAUACUUGAACCCAUUGCUGAAGGCACACAAGCCUUCUCCACUGGCCCGUUGCAGUGUCAGCUUGACACCGGUUACUAAUGAGAAACCCCCCAUUCAGGCAAGUAAGAAAAAAUGGGAAUUCCUCAAGACAAAUGUGCGUUUGCCAGAACUAAGUCAUCUCCCCGAGCUGAGAGGAGCGGAAGCUCGGCAUCCUAGAUUUCUGAAAAAGGAAAAUAGAACAUUUGCAGAGUCCCGAGUCCCCUCCCUCGCUGCUAUCGACCUUCAUAACUCGAGUCUGGCUUCACAGCAGCUGUCAGGGACCUUGAUGCCAGAUGCAUCAGAAGCCAACUUCCCCAGGGUCGAGCACUAAUCCUGGGGAGAGGGUCAUACCUGCCUGUACAAGGUGACUGAGCAGUGGGAACAAUCCAUCUGAGUUUCCAGGGGCUAAAGCUGCCAGGUCUGUCUGCAGGGGAGAGGAGGAUCCCUUACUCCUGUUGGUGCAGCAGACUGCCAUGGAAGUGGCUCGGGUCCAGGCCGAGGACGGAGCUUGCACUACCAUUGCUGCUGGAUUUCUUGCAUGCAAAAAGCCCCUGGAAUGUUGACUUUUCUGGCUUAGGGCCAGGUCUUGUCUGAGAGGAGUAGUGCUCAUUGGUGUGUGACAAGGGCAGGAGUUGGAUUGGACGAUUUUGAAGGAAGCUGGGCUUUCUUUUGUUCAGCUGCUGCCCGCGUGAGAGGUUUUUUUUUCAAUGGAUAGUGACGAAAGCAGCUGCCAAAAUUCUCGUAAUUUGGUCGGCUGCCUGAUCUGGAUUGAAAAGCACCUUUGCCUUGACAGUGAAGAAGAUGUUUGUGCAAGAAAUGCAAUAUUUAAAUGUGCAAAUCUGCAGCUGUUCUUUUGAAACCCUUGCUAAUGCACUUGUCGCUUUGUUUGUGGUUCCUUUUCCCUUCACAUUUUUGACCCCAUGUCUGGGCAGUUGUCUUUGGGGUGUUUACC